GAAAACGAAGGUGUUUGGGUGAUCAUUAAGUGAAUUAAUUAUGACGAUGGGGGUGGUUUGAGUUUCCUGGAAGAAAAUUCCAAUCGAAGGGGUUUCUUUUGUUUGGAGAUCAAGUAUUAUGAGAAAAAGAUAGUUUUAUAUUUGUGGAUAAUUAUUAGAGAUCGUUUUAGAAUCACCAUAUGUUUUUGCUUUUCUUUCGAUUACAUCCAACAUUAAGGACGAUGUAAGAAUAAAGAAAUAUUGACGUAAAACUUUCUUACUCAGGAGAAACGGAGAAUCAUUGCAAUAAUUGUUUAUAUUCACGCAACGUACGAGAUUAUUUCAUAAAAACAAAACUAAAAUGAACAUUUUUUAAUGAUUAAAUUCAAAGCAUGUCGAAAUUCUUGUUUUUAAUGUCGAAAGUAUCAAAAUGAAGUAACAGGUAUCAGAGACUAGAUCAUUAUGUAAUUUCUUUCUCAGUGAUCGAUAUAUAGAAGGAAUAAUUAACAAAAAUAUUUCAUUCACAAACAGCUAUUACCUCCAAUGGUCAUUUGAAAGUUAUCAAGAUUACUUUAGUCAAGAACGCCAUUAAAUUGAUUAUCAUACUUCAUUAGCCAUUCACUUAAGUUUGGAAGAUUCUUUCCUCAUCGAGAAAUAUCUACAAUCAACAGUUUCACUAAUUAGUCUUGAAUUAAAUAACAUUCAAUUUCCGUAAACAAACUUAAGCAAAUCAACGAGAAUUUACAAAAGAAUUCAUUCACGAUUAAUAAAUCAUUCGCUGAAGAAAAAUUCCACGGAAGAAUAUCAUUGUUCGAGAUCUUGUAUGCAGAAACAAGAAUCAAGAACGAUGAUCGUGACCUGAUUUCCUGGACAUCAUGGAGUUUUACGAUCAUUAUCAUUCAUAGAUACAUCGAUCCUCCGCGAGGAAUUUCAAGAACGUUAGAAGAUUCAUCCACCGAAACUUCCUACUGUUAUUUUGUAAUUUAAUUAGAAACAAUUGACGCGUCAACGAGAUCAAGAUAAUUACCGAUCAAGGAUAUAUCUCGCGUGUGUAGAUGAAAAUAAGAGUAUUCCACGUGUUUACGCGAUGUGCAUUCGAAAAUGCAAAUCGAUCAAGACGAUCCGGUCGUUUUUUCCUUCUUUGAAAAAUCCUCGUCGUAGCGGUGGAUAAAAAAUAUUUUGCAAACGCUACAAGUAAUGUCGGAGAACGAUUUCGUUGCGUUGGUGUUUAAUUCAAGGAUAUCCGGAUCCGAGGCUUAUGAAAACUUGAAAUGGUCAGUGUUGAAAUCGUUUUGAAAACAGAGGAUUGAAUUCGUUCGUGUUGGAGCUCUCUUUGUUAAUAUAAAAAAGAUAAGCCGGGGAAAUUAAAUUCUCUUAUUUCUUUUGUAUUAUUCUACUUUCAUUCUGGAUCAUUUAAAAAUUUCACGAGACCGAACCUUCGAAACCCGAUAACACAUUUCACUCGGUUUCACAAGGAUUUCUCCCGGUGUCUUUUGUUUCUUUACGAGAGCCGACUGAUUGCGAAAGAUGAGUCUAUCUAAGGUUACGUCUAAUCACUUUCCAUUCCUUAGGACUUUCGCGUGUUUACAGAUGAAUCGUGACUUUUUCAAUGAACUUGUACGUACACCUCGGCCUCCAAUAUCCGAGGAAAUCGAGGACACUUGUUAAUCAGUUCUCGAUCGAUCUAUUUUUACCAAUUAAUAUUUGCCUUAUCAUUUUCUAGAUGUUUUUUCCUACUAUUUUGUUAUUCAACGUUUCAUAAUGAUUACUGAAAAUGGUUUUGUUCUCGUUACGUGUAUAAAAUGUUACAUACUAGUUUCUGUAAUAAUGGUAAAAAGCGUAUGCUUAAGAUGCACGUUAACUCGAUUCGUAAAAAGUUUGCACGAAACGUAUUCAGAUCGUGGAUAUUUGCAUUUAAUCAGAUCGAGUAUUGCAUAAGCUUAAAACGAGGCUGGUAUAAGUUAUAAAUCUGUAUAGCACGUGGAAUUAUUUAUGAUAAAUUGCAGUGAAAUUGAAUAACUUUUAAAAUACCCAAGCGACAGGAAAAGAAAAAUUCAACGAAGAUUUAAAUAUGUUAAUCUAUUCGUCGAAUGUUUCAAAUCUUUCGUAGGGACACAUUCGAUUUCAAAACUUAAUGAACGAUCAAUUUAUCCAAAUUGUUACGUAACAAGGACAAACCCAUAUUUCGAAAUUUAUGAAUAUUUAAUCCAUAGAAAAAUACGUCCGAUUGCACAAGAAAACGCAUUACUCACUCUCUAUAAAUUCACCUUUCGUUACAUGACCGCAACGUUUCUCUUUGACCAAAAAAACGAAAAUAUCCCUUUCAUCCAAAAUAAAAACAACAGCUGCUUAAAAAUUAUGCGAAUCAAGUUUCUGUUUUGUCUGUUUAGUAAAUAUGUAUAUAGACCGUGGUUGCAAAACGCGUUUGUUUAAUUUCGAUUACUUAAAACGAGGUCAGUUGUAAUAAGUUACACAUCCGUAGUGUCGACAUUACUUCUCGCGACCGACAGUCAUCACAUAUUAUUAAAAAAGAAAAUAAUAAUAGAAUCUGCUAAUACUCUAAUUAUUCCGGAAAGUUCACUUUUGAAAAAAUCACAGAAAAUCACGUAGAUGCAAUAGUGACCCAAAUUUAAUCGUUCUUUUGAAAAGAGAUUAUGUGUCCCUGAAGGGUCCAUUCGACCCGACUGGCACGUCUCGCGUGUCCGGUUUCUCGGCCGUAAUUGCGCAACAAGGUCGGACGAUUUUUAUUUGAAAAAACGAAAGCGAAGGAUAUGGAAAAAGAUCGAAAGGGUCGGUUUUUGAAGCGCCAAAGAGCUCCGGAUAGUCGCGGGUAAAUUGAACGCUCUGAUCGGAACGAAAGCCGAUUGCACGUGUUCGAAACCACCUCGCUCGGUUGGCCUGCAGCAGCCGGAGAUAGGUGAGAGUUUGUUACAACGUUACAUCACUGACGAAUCGCACGCGACGCCAUCGAUUACGUAUAAACAAGUCCUUUCGUUCGCUCCGGGUUCUUUGAAAUAAUUUGGGGUCACCCUAUUCUUUAAGAGCAGGUUUAUGUACGAUAAUUUUGGCAAAAUGAUCUUAUCAGACUUAUGAGAUUCUAUGUAAUAUUUUUGGAAAAAUUGACGUCAUUUGUCUGAUGUUCUUUUUAUGCAAGAUUUGCGGAAGAAUCGACGUCACCUUUUUUUAUGGUUGAAAAUAUAGAAGAGUGAAUUUAUGAUAAUUUCUGUCUUUUUUUAAAACUGCUGUUAUGUAAGAUUUUCAGAAAAACCUGAACUUCCAGAAAGAUAUUCCUAAAAUUUUUCUAAGAAACAGAGCUUUCGUUGAAGAACAAAUCACGAUGAUUCAACUAUGAAAGUUCCUUUAAAUAUGCGACGUAAAUCAAGAAAUAGCUACGACAUGGAAACUGCCAGUAGCCCGCCGGUCGUACCGGCAGCAUCCUUGGAACUAAAAACAAGAAGAGCACAGUUCCAAACACAGGUUUCGACUUUGGAUACCAAACGAAAACAAGCGAUAUACGUGAGGAGAGCUUUCAAGAAAUAUGGCCCAAAGAGCAACCCCAAUGUCAUUCUAGAUGGGCUGAACAUGACGGUGCCGAAAGGCACCAUAUACGGCCUGCUCGGGGCAAGUGGUUGUGGAAAGACUACGUUGCUCUCUUGCAUCGUGGGUCGAAGACGUUUGAACUCUGGAGAGAUCUGGGUCCUGGGUGGUCGACCAGGAUCGAAAGGAUCCGGUGUACCGGGUCCACGGGUUGGUUACAUGCCGCAAGAGAUUGCGUUGUACGGAGAAUUUUCCAUAAGAGAGACCUUUAUUUAUUUCGGCUGGUGUGCUGGAAUGACGACGCAACAAGUGGAUGGAAAAUUAGAAUUUCUCAUCAAGUUCUUGCAGCUGCCAUCAGAAAAUCGUUUGGUGAAGAACUUAUCCGGUGGUCAACAGAGAAGGGUGUCCUUUGCGGUAGCACUUGUGGCCGAUCCAGAAUUGUUAAUCUUAGACGAACCCACCGUGGGCGUGGAUCCUGUUCUACGUCAAAGCAUCUGGGAUCACCUGGUCCAGGUGACGAAAGACGGGAAUAAGACCAUCAUCAUCACUACUCACUAUAUCGAGGAGACGAGGCAGGCUGGUAUCAUCGGUCUGAUGAGGAGCGGUAAAUUGUUGGCCGAAGAGUCACCGGCAAGAUUAAUGGAAAUGCUGAACGUGGAUAGUCUAGAGGCUGUGUUCUUGAAGCUCAGCAAACGACAGAACAUGGGUCUUCGAAGAAGAAGCAGCAUCCUUAGCAGUGUCACUGGCGUCCCUCCAGAAGUUGAUGCAGAUGACGAGAUGAGCGGUGAAUUUGGUGAUAACGUCAGUCUUUCUAGUCGAAGAAGAAGCGUUGCCGUCGACGAUGGAAUUGUGCCAGAGCUACCGCCGGAAGAGAAAGGUCCCUCGAAAAUCCAGAUGAUCGAUCCUCAGCACAUGAAGGCACUCGUAUGGAAGAAUUUCCUGUGGAUGUGGCGAAACGUAGGAAUAAUGUUAUUCAUCAUCGGUCUUCCGGUCGUCCAGAUCAUUCUAUUCUGUAUUUCUAUCGGGAAAGAUCCAAAGGGCUUAAAUAUAGCAAUAGUGAACCACGAGCUGAACAAUAGUAUGGACCCUUGUAUACCAACAGAUGGAUGUAACUGGUCUCUGUUAAGCUGUCGGUUCUUAAAACAUCUAGAGGAUCGGUCGAUAGACCUUAUAUCGUAUAAGAAUGAAAUGGAAGCUAGAGAAGCUGUUGAAAACGGCAAUGCUUGGGGUGCCAUAACUUUUCCAUCCAAUUACUCUGAUUCUCUUUGGGCGAGAUUCGAGGAAGGCAAGGAUGUGGCUGAAUGGGAUGUCACGUACUCGACCAUGGAGAUAGUCAUGGAUAUGUCCAACCAGCAGAUCGGCCAACUUCUUCAGAGGGAUUUUUAUAUAUCGUAUCAGAACUUCGCUCGCGAAGUGACGGUAGCUUGUAAUUACAGCAAAAAAUACGCGAAUAUACCGGUGGAAUUCGAACAGCCGAUCUACGGUCCUCUGGAGCCCAAUUUCACAGAUUUCGCCGCACCUGGAAUUAUUUUAACGAUCCUUUUCUUCUUAUCGGUCGCUCUAACUUCUGGUGCCAUGUUGUUAGAAAGAAACGAGGGUCUCCUCGAAAGGAGUUUAGUCUCUGGUCUUACUGGACCAGAAAUCCUUUUCGCUCAAGUUAUAACUCAAUUCGUAGUAAUGGUAGGGCAAACAGUGAUGGUUCUAAUAUGUGCGUUUGUGGUGUUCAACAUUACAUGUGAGGGUAACAUUGGUUGGAUCACCACGUUGACUGUUCUAACUGGGCUGUGUGGAAUGUGUUUCGGAUUCGUUAUUGCUUGUGCCUGCGACAACGAAAGGAGUGCCACUUAUAUGGCAAUGGGUUCUUUCCUACCCAUCGUGAUGCUGUGUGGAAUAAUUUGGCCCAUCGAAGGAAUGCAUACUGUAUUAAAAUGCAUUAGCUUCGUCCUCCCUCUUACGAAGAGCACAGAGUCAAUGAGAGCUAUGCUAGCUAGGGGAUGGUCAAUUUCGAAUUCCACCGUCUACAAUGGUUUCAUUUCCACAUUCAUCUGGAUAUGCAUCUUCAUGACUCUCUCGUUACUGCUGCUUAAAUUUAAAAAGGGAUAAAAAUUCUUCCCGAGUUAUAGAUUGAACUGCAUGAUUAGCUGUUAUUUGAGAAAAUUAUUCUAUUAAACAGACUGUAUAAUGUCGAAACUAUUCGACUAAUUUACUGUAUUUUGGAGUAAGAGUGAAUGAAACUGCAUCAUAGAUGAUGCAAUGUACGUUUUUGCUCAAUACAAUUGUAUUUAUUACAUCAACUACCGUGGUGUCACGGGAUCGUGAUGGUAUUAUUUGUACAGUGCAGACAUAAGUAGAUGAUAAAUUAAACCUAUAGCUAUGCAAUCUUUAUUCAUUAUAAUAAUUUUUUAAUUAAUAUUGUACUAUAAGUAGAGUUAUAGUAUUUUUUUUUUAUGAGCUUAUAAUAAAUAUUAUGUAUAUAGGAAUGUAUGUACUAAAUAAUUAGUGAAUAAUUACUAGUUUGCUGUUUGUACAUGUAAAUGGAAGAAAGGACAAAUAGGGACAAGAUACUUUAAUAAAUAGCAAUGUAUAAACAAAA